AUGUCGAAAACAGCCCUUCCUGCUCAGGCCGCUCAGCUGUGUGCUGUGGAAGCAACAUUCUCAAAUUAUCCACAUCGGGAGGAGGCAAGCUAUAGAGUGACUUGUUUCAACGCCAGCCUCACUCGCGAGGGCCCAGGUGCCAAUGUCAUUAUCCCCGGCCUACGUUUCUGUCGUAACGACUUCCGCUACCCCCAGCACCCAGGCGUGGGUCCAUACGCCACCCAUUCCAGGACGCGAUAA